AUGGCUGCAUUCAUGCAGUUCCACGAUGCAGCGGCUGGGGGACCACUCAACUGGAUUGCCUCAGAAAAGACGCCAUUUUGUCAAUUCCGGAGAGACAGGGUUGACAGGCGAAUUGUGAUUCCAGAAGCCCGCCACACCGCGUUCAUCGGAGAGGCGUCUCAUGACAUGGCACAGACGGCGACUUGGGCCGGCAUGGAGACGAAUUGCAGCGGACAUCAUCACCAGCAGGGAAUUCGCCAACGGAACAACGCUGUGACGCUGAGGCUCGGUUCGAUCGGACGUCCACGGCCGCAGUCUGGCUUUGUCGUCACUGGCACGCUCGGCCCACGUAGCCGUAGCCCACGAGAGAGCGACGACUCCACGAUGCUGGGCGUGCCGCCGAUGCUGGAGCCGUUGUUCAUAAUGCAGCCACCCGCCGUCCGCGGGCGUCUUUGGUCCCCAUCCCGUAGCCCCCGUGUCACCCCCCUCGACCACUCCCACUGCGCCCUCCGAGCCAGAGUCCCCAUAACGACCGCCGCCGCUGCCUCUCCGUACCGUGUGGAAAUAGCCUGCGAGUAG